AUGUCAGGUGCAUCACUUGACAGGUACAGAGUCGUCCUUGCAUCGUUCAUCUGGGCCGCGACACGACUCGUUGGAGGGUCUGAUAUAUCCAACAUGCUUAACAUGGCCCGUGAUCUUGAACUAGACAAUGGCCGCUUUUUCGAUUGCUACGUUACAUGGCUCUCCACCGUUCAGAGAAGUGCUUGCGGUGAUACCCGCGCCUUGUUCAAGAACGCUCAAUCUGGGGACGUGGACACGACUUGGGCAUUGGCAAAAGCGUCCAAGCGAGUUCCACUCCAGGCCUUUGAAUACCUAUCGAGUUGA